UCAAUGAAAAUGUAAAAUAAUAAGAUUUUUGCCUUUUUCGUAUUUUUCUGCAAAAAAUGGCUGAAAAUGUUAUUGUAGUUCGGCCUUUUAAGCAAUUACCCCCAGUUAACAGCCACAUUAGUCAUGUACGGUACAAUGCCUGGUUCUGUUUUACAGAUCAUGGGGGAGGUAUUCAGUGGUGUGGCUGGAGUUUUUCUGAUCAUCGCCUCGGUCGGACAGGACUGGGUGGAAGUGCAGUUUUUCCGCACAACUCAUGUGAUCACUUGGGGAUUAUGGGACAUCUGUGUUGGUGGACUUUGCCUCCCAGAUAGCGGUUGGCUGGAGAUUUGUCGGGGCCUCAUCCUGUUGGCAGUCCUCCUCUCCCUGGGAGCAUUCCUCUGUGGACUGGUGGGCCUGUGUAUCCACUCCCACUGCAGUAAGAGGGCCUGGUUCAUCCUAGCAGGUGCCCUCAUGUCUCUCGUGGCUCUGCUGGACCUACUAACCCUGAUUCUGUACCCAGCCAUGUUCAACUCGGACAUUGUCCACUUACAAACAGACAGCCACUGGAUGUACACCCUCAAAACCUGGAACUUUGAUUGGACCUAUGGCUUCGGCUGGGGUGCUUUCAUAUUUACUGUGGGUGCUUCCUUGUUCUUUAUUCUACCUUUAGAUGACAAAAAGACUAUUUCUAAGCCAUUCAGAGCAAUCAAUCAUCGCUAGGCUUCUAGCAGAAAAAGGAAGUGGAUUGUACAGUUGUAAGAUGGUUUCUCACCAAAUUUGAAUAAGAAUCAUCCGUAUAGGGACUGUAGCAUCAAUUAAAGAACUGUCUGCAGUAAUCUGUUAUAAAUAUGACAGCAGCUGUCAUCCAUUUCCUAAAACUUUGUCUCUCCUCGGAUGUUGUGCCAUGUUUUUUUUUAUCUUUGAUGAAUACAAGUAUUCCAUAAAUUUGUCUAUGAUGCAGUUUACUCCCAAUGAACUGAUGAAGAUACCGGUAUUUAUUUCCCAAUCUUUUUUUCUUGAACAUAUUUACAUACAGCACAAUUAGAUAGAGGUUGUAUAUUGGUCUAAAAACAAAAUGUGUUGUUUUAAACUCACUGCUUCGAUUAAGUCCCAACGCAAGUUAAUAUGUAUUUUCAACAUUUUUGUUGGCAAGCCAUUUGUGUCGGUCUAGUUUUUUGUUCUAUUUUUUUUGUGUGUGUGUGUGUGUUUUUAAUUCUUGAAUAGUAUCUACCUCAUUGUGUCAAAAUAAUUGCUGUUUCCAGUUAUAAGCUGUAAUGUGAUACAUAGAUGAACAAGUUAUUGUUGUGACUGGAUAAUGUUGUAUGCAAGUCACUAGACUUCUUCAUGUAUUAUUCAUAAUUCAAAUGUCAGAAUAAACAAAUGAUAAAAUGUAU